GAUGCUGCUGCUCAGGGAGGCCUGGCCAAGUCCCCAGCCCCACCCACACCUGCUUGUAAGCAGCUCCUGCAGCUCUUGCAUAUAUAGAUAGGUAUGGCCCUGCCACUGGGUGCAGACAGCAGAGCCUGGCGCCGGAGCCCAGCCGAACCUGCUCCCUCCCCACCUGCCCUCCGCCGGCCGCCGCCGCCAUGAAGAGGGAGAUCCUGACCCUGGCCUUCGCCCGCUCCGUCUUCGUGGAGUUCCUCUCCACCCUCAUCUUCGUCUUCAUCGGCCUGGGCUCGGCCCUGAAGUGGCCUUCAGCCCUGCCCAGCAUCCUGCAGAUCGCCCUGGCCUUCGGGCUGGCCAUCGGCACCCUGGUGCAGGCCUUCGGGCACAUCAGCGGCGCCCACAUCAACCCCGCGGUCACCAUCGCCUUCUUCGUGGGCAAUCAGAUCUCCUUCCUCAGGAUGCUCUUCUACGUGGGGGCACAGCUGGUGGGGGCCAUCGCCGGCGCCGGCAUCCUCUACGGGGUGACGCCAGCCAACACCCGCGGCAACCUGGCGGUCAACGCGCUCAACAACAACGUGAGCCUGGGCCAGGCCCUGGUGGUGGAGAUCAUCCUCACCUUCCAGCUGGCCGCCUGCAUCUUCGCCUCCACCGACAACCGCCGCAGCGGCAACGGCGGCUCCCCGGCGCUCUCCAUCGGCCUCUCGGUGGCUGUGGGACACCUGGUGGGGAUCUACUUCACUGGCUGCUCCAUGAACCCAGCCAGGUCCUUCGGGCCCGCGGUCAUCGUCAGGAGGUUCGGCCCAGCUCAUUGGGUCUUCUGGGUUGGACCCAUCCUUGGGGCUUGCUUGGCUGCUCUGCUCUACUUCUACAUCCUGGUGCCCUACUGCAUGAGCAUGGCAGACAGAGUGGCCAUCGUCAAGGGCACCUACGAGUCCGAGGAGGAGUGGGAAGAGCAGAGAGAGGAGAGGAAGAAGUCCAUGGAGCUGACCCCACCCUAGGAAGAGCUGGGAAAAAAACCCUCCAAAACCAAGGGGAAGGAGGGGAGGAAGCCUCCAGGUGUGCACCACAGCUAGAGUAGAGUCUUCAGCCAAAGCCUUCCCACCCAAACCUUCC